AUGACGAGCGUUGAUGGGUGGCCAGUCCGACGUUAUGAUGCCAGAUUCGGCGUGAAGGCGGAUAUUGAAUCUAUUCUGGCGAAACCGACCUGGUCUGUCCGGUCUCUACUUCCCGACUCCGCCAAAGAAUCCUCCCCGUCCGUCACGCCAGAGCAGCUCCACCACCUCCUCCGUCUCUCUGCUCUACCCUUCCCCGCCAGCCAAGAAGAAGAAAUUUUCAUGCUCAAGACCCUCGAAUCGCAAAUCCAUUUCGUGAAGGAAAUUCAGCGCGCGGAUGCUACGGGUGUGGUGCCUUUACAGAGUAUCCGCGACGAAAGCCCGGAGGCGAUAAAAGAGAACACCAUUGGAUUGGACAAAUUGAAGGAAGCGCUCUCGACAGAACGGGUCUUUGGUCGUAGGAAGAAGAUACAACGCAUGAGGACCGAAAGAAGUGAACGUCCGGAUGGGAAUGCUUGGGAUGGAAACGCGCUUGGUUAUGCGUCCAAGACCAAAGGCCGUUUCUUUGUCGACUUCAAAGAAAAACAUGGCAGCAAAUUCGGGCUGGGGCCUUCAGACGACGAUGCUCAAGCCCCGGCGACCGACCGCGGCCAGGAUCUGACAACCAUCUUGGACCGAUCCCAACGUGGGGAUUUGACAAUACUAGUCGCUUUAAUCGCCAAGGACAUGCGAAACGGGAUUGAGCGGAAUUUCCAGACACAAGGGCCAAACAGCAGAGGUCCUCCAACCGAUCAAUCAGCGCAAGGGGCAGGCAACCAAAAAACCACUCCCAGUUCCGCAUCCCCACCUGCCGAUGAGCCAAAAUAUGGCGAUGAGAGACCAUGGUUUGCUGAAUCUAGCAGCAACGAAAACAAAGAGGCUGCAUCCAGCGCGCUUUCGUUCUUCGACGAUUGGAGGGACUCGCUGCUUCUUCGGGUAGGAGAAGUGGUCAACCAAGAUUAUGAAGGUUCGGAAGAAGAGGGCGGUUCAGACUCUCAAGAUCUUGAGUCGGAUGUGCCAGUUGAGAUAAACGAGCGCUCUUUAGAUAAAUUACGCAAAAUAUAUCCUCCUACGGAUACUCCACUUGUCGACCUUCCCAAGGCCAAGAAACUUCUGAUUCUUCAUUCACUUCUGCUGCUGGUGCUUAGUCUUGAGCACUACAACGGUUUAUCCCGGGUCCUGAUGCUACGCGUUGCGUCCAGCUUAGGCUUGGAUGUGAAACUUCUAAACGACAAUGAAACCAAAGUUGCACGAGGCCUCCUAGACAUGGCAUUGAAACAACCUUCGAACGCAGAAUCCGAAGAACAAGCCAAGAAGAACGAUGUGGCACGGAAGGUGAAGGUGGGAAUAGCCUCUGUUGCUGGUGCUGUUCUAAUUGGUGUCACUGGCGGGCUUGCUGCGCCGCUUGUGGCGGCUGGUUUGGGUACUGUUAUGGGAGGUUUGGGGCUUGGUGCUACUGCCGUUGCAGGAUACCUUGGUGCGCUUGCUGGUAGUGGAGUUAUUGUCGGCGGUCUUUUCGGUGCAUAUGGAGGUCGGAUGACUGGGCGUAUGAUGGACAAAUACGCACGCGAAGUGGAAGACUUUGCCUUCAUUCCUCUUCGCGGUCCUCGACGGAGGUCUGAAAACGAAAAAGAAGCUGCCCAGGAAGAUCACCGCCUUCGAGUUACUAUCGGUAUCACCGGUUGGGCAGAGGAUGCAGCUGAUCUUGUUGUCCCGUGGCGAGUUGUCGGCUCUGAGUCGGAGGUGUUUGCUCUCCGUUGGGAAUUGGAGUCUUUGCUCAAGCUUGGCAAUGCCAUGAGUGCAUUGGUUACCAGUGCUGCAUGGACCUUUGCCGGUCGCGAAGUUCUAUCCAAGACGAUCUUCGCGUCGAUCAUGAGCGCUGUUAUGCUGCCAAUGGGUCUUGCUAAGGUCGCGAGCGUGGCUGACAACCCUUUCAGUGUGGCCAAGGCACGAUCAGACAAAGCCGGUGUGGUCCUUGCGGAUGCAUUGAUCAACAAAGUGCAGGGUGAGCGACCGGUCAAUCUGAUCGGAUACUCGUUGGGUUCUCGGGUGAUCUUCUCCUGUCUUCAGACGCUGGCGAAAAGACGCGCGUAUGGUCUUGUGGAGUCAGUCAUUCUCAUGGGAUCACCAACACCAUCCAACACUGAACACUGGCGUCGAAUGCGCAGCGUUGUUAGCGGAAGGCUAGUCAAUGUGUACUCCGAAAACGACGGCGUGCUUGCUCUGCUCUAUCGGACCAGCAGUCUCCAGUUCGGUGUGGCAGGUCUUCAGCCUGUCGAGGGCCUCCCGGGAGUUGAGAACUUGGAUGCGAGCUCAGUGAUCAACGGCCAUUUGCGUUAUCAAUACCUCCUCGGAAGACUUUUGAACGUCGUUGGGUUGCAAGGCAUAGACUUCUACGAGGCAUCCCGAGGAGAGGCAGCAUUGGCAGCCCAGGACCAAUGGGAAGAAGAGCAGCGCCGUAAGAAUAAGCGUGAAGUGGAGGCUGAGGCUGGGGAUAAGUCGGCAAAGGAGAUCCUGGAAAGUGGUGAGGGCAUGGGUAGUGAACAGGAGCGGCUACGGAAGCAGGUGGACCAGAAGACGCAGGAACAUUUGCUUCCCCGCAAGAUGGAACAGGCUAGUAUUAGAUUCGCAUAUGUAGUCUAGACAUAAAGGUGUUUACAUUGUUCACAGCAUACUUUACUGUGUAUAGGCGGC